ACAGCACCUCCCGGGAGGAAGGCGGAAGCGUACGGGACGCCGUAGGGCGGAGGCGGGAGAGGCGAGGGUCGCGAUGAGUGGGCUCGGCCGCCUCUUCGGGAGGGAGAAGAAGGAGAGGGGCCCAACCCCUGAAGAGGCAAUACAGAAACUGAAGGAGACAGAGAAGAUACUGAUCAAGAAACAGGAAUUUCUGGAGCAGAAGAUUGAACAGGAGCUACAAACUGCCAAGAAGCAUGGGACGAAGAAUAAGAGAGCUGCCCUACAGGCUUUGCGGAGGAAGAAAAGGUUGGAACAGCAGCUGGCACAAACGGACGGGACAUUAUCCACCUUGGAGUUUCAGCGUGAGGCCAUUGAGAAUGCCACCACCAAUGCGGAAGUGCUUCGUACCAUGGAGCUUGCUGCCCAAGGCAUGAAGAAGGCCUACCAGGACAUGGACAUUGACAAGGUGGAUGAACUGAUGGCUGACAUCACAGAACAACAGGAGGUGGCCCAGCAGAUCUCAGAUGCCAUUUCUCGACCUGUGGGAUUUGGAGAUGAUGUGGAUGAGGAUGAACUGUUGGAGGAGCUAGAGGAGCUGGAGCAGGAGGAAUUGGCCCGAGAGUUGUUACAUGUGGGCGACAAGGAGGAGGAACCCCCAGUCACACUGCCCAGUGUACCCUCUACACAUCUUCCUGCAGGGCCAGCUCCCAAAACGGAUGAAGAUGAAGAAGCACUAAAGCAGUUGGCUGAGUGGGUGUCCUGAUGAGUCUGGGCUUGUCUACCUGACGCUGCCUUCAUUGUUCUCUUUUCCUUAAGUGCCAAGUGCUAAGCUAAAGGAACAUGGCCUUGUUGGGAGGUCCUGCUGAGGGUGGUAGUGUGACCCUGCCUGAGAAAAGGGUCUGUCGCCCUCCCAUCCCUGGCUCAACCCUGAAGAAGGAUCUUGGUGCAGGAGGAACCCCUGGGCUCCCUUUGAUAGCAGUUACAGUGCCCUCGUUCGCAAUAAAGUUGGGCGGAUGGAACCCUAGUGCUUAUACUGCCUUGUCUACAA